ACCAGGAGCUGACUGCCUCCUGGGCUGGGGUCCUGUGCUCCCUCCCUCUGCGCUCAGCGCCCGUCAUGUUGAGCAACGCGUCCGCGAAGCCGCUGUGCCCGCUCCUGCGGGAGAUGAGCCGCCUCGGGGGCCACGGCAACUCCAGCAUGCGCUACAUGGACCACGCGUCGGUGGCGCUGCACGCGCUCGCCUCGCUGCUGGGCCUGGCGGAGAACGGCCUGGUGCUGUUCCUGGUGGGCUGCCGCAUGCGCCAGACCGUCAUCACCACCUGGGUGCUGCACCUGGCGCUGUCCGACCUGCUGGCCGCCGCCACCCUGCCCUUCUUCACCUACUUCCUGGCCGUGGGCCACUCGUGGGAGCUGGGCACCCCCUUCUGCAAGCUGCACUCCUCCAUCUUCUUCCUCAACAUGUUCGCCAGCGGCUUCCUGCUCAGCGCCAUCAGCCUGGACCGCUGCCUGCAGGUGGUGCGGCCCGUGUGGGCGCAGAACCACCGCACGGUGGCCGCGGCCCACAAGGUCUGCCUGGCGCUCUGGGCGCUGGCCGUGCUCAACACGGUGCCCUACUUCGUGUUCCGGGACACGAUCGCGCGGGAGGACGGCCGCGUCAUGUGCUACUACAACCUGCUGCUCCUGAGCCCCGGGCCCGACCCCGACGCCACGUGCAACUCGCGCCAGGUGGCCCUGGCCGUGAGCAAGUUCCUGCUGGCCUUCCUGGCGCCGCUGGCCAUCAUCGCCUCCAGCCACGCGGCCGUGAGCGUGCACCUGCGCCACCGCGGGCGCCCGCGCUCCAGCCGCUUCGUGCGCCUGGUGGCGGCCGUGGUGGCCGCCUUCGCGCUCUGCUGGGGGCCCUACCACGUCUUCAGCCUGCUGGAGGCGCGCUCGCACAGCCACCGGGAGCUGCGGCCGCUCGUGUGGCGCGGGCUGCCCUUCGCCACCAGCCUGGCCUUCAUCAACAGCGUGGUCAACCCGCUGCUCUACGUGCUCACCUGCUGGGGUCCCUGA